GUCUCCACUGUCGGUUGCGCGGCAGUUCCAAGUUGACGGCCAGUCUGCGCAGGCGCCGCUCGCGAAGUGAAACUCCGACCAAUGGGAACUUUCUACAGUGAAAGUGUUAGCCUGUGUUGUGCUGAGUGUUUGUGUAAACAAUUGCCUAGCAAAGGAUUGUGCAAGAUGUAGGAUGGUUUUGUCUCAACAUGUUCGGAAAUACCAAUAUAAAGAUAACUGCGACUACAAGUAGUGAAGUGAGAUAAUAAAGUGUUGGAAGUAUUCAGUGAUAGUGACAUUGUGAUGCAAGCCGUGCACUCUACAUCAGCUACACAAAUGAAGCCGCACAGACUGAAAGUUGCAAACACAGUGACGCCUUACAGUGACCAAUCAUGAGUGUCAUACUCGUAUAUGUCUGGAUUUCCCUAGCAGGAUGUGGAACUAUUGCGGCGCAAGGCCCCCUAGGCUUCAGCCUGCCAGCCAUCAUGCACGUGGACCGCAACUGGUACUCCCUGCCCACGGACCCGGUGGGCACGGUGGUGGCCACGGUAUACCGCGAGCGCAGCGGCUCCCAGCCCGUCACCUUCGGGUUGGAGACGAGUGGUCCGCCGGCGCCGUACUCGAUUGAUCCGCGGUCUGGCGUGGUCACGGUCAAUGAUACGCUGCUGGAUAAGGAAAACCGCUCGUAUUCCCUGUGGGUGACGGCGUCAGAUGGCUCCAUCCCGCAACGCACAGAGGUGCUCGCCACCAUUACUGACAAGACCGGCAAUAGGGUGCACGUCCCGCGCCCGCCGCCCUUCGACAUCCCGCUACCACCGUUCAACGGACUCUCACCCUACCCCAAAACAACACAAAGAACAACCAAAGCAACAGAACUAUACACCGAAGAUGUACCUGAAACUACACCACCCACCACCAAAAGUCAGCCGAAGACUCCUGAUGACGCUCCAAGAGCGGUGGACAAUACGACCACGGAGAAAGCAGAUACAGUAGUCACUAACGAUGUCCCACUGACAGUGAUACCACUCGUAGCUAUAGGCGGCCUGGUGGUCAUCGUUGCAGCUGUCAUACUGUUCGUCUGGAAGAAGAAUAGUGGCAGCAAAACUAAGAGCAAAGAAGAUAUGAGCAAAGAGCCGAAUGUACUCUCGAUAUCAGCGACGGACGCAUCGUUGAACAUGUGGGAACGGCCGCGGGCCUACUCCAACCGCUACGAGUCCUGGGACAACAACCAUCUGCAGUUAUCAGAAGAGACUUCAAUAAACGAGAAGGAGGAGCCGGCGGACGAGUGGGAGUUCCCGCGGCACCGGCUGCGGAUAUUCAACAUCGUCGGCGAAGGCGCUUUCGGACAAGUGUGGCGCGCCAACGCCAUUGAUAUCGACGGCAAGAAAGGAGAGAGCACAGUCGCCGUGAAGACUCUAAAAGAGAACGCGUCGGAAAAAGAGAAAUCAGAUCUACUGCAGGAGCUGGCGGUGAUGAAGGGGCUCGGCGCGCACCCCCACGUCGUGCGCCUGCUCGCCUGCUGCACCGAAAAAGAGCCGACGCUGGUCAUCAUGGAGUUCGUCUCUCUCGGCAAGCUCCAACAGUUCCUCCGAGACUCCCGCGCCGAGCGUCACUACGGCAACACGCAUGGGGGCAGCAAGUUCCUCACGUCCAGGGACCUCACGCACUUCGCCUUCCAGGUGGCUAGGGGGAUGGAGUUCCUUAGCUCUAAUGGGAUAAUCCACCGUGACCUGGCAGCGAGGAACAUUCUGAUUACGGAGGAGCGCACGUGCAAGGUGGCGGAUUUCGGCUUUGCCAGGGACGUCGGGGGAACCCAUGUGUACGAGAGGAAGAGCGAUGGCCGACUGCCUAUCAGAUGGAUGGCGCCCGAGUCCCUGUACGACGACAUCUUCAGCGUGAAGUCAGACGUGUGGAGCUUCGGCGUGCUGCUGUGGGAGGUGGUGACGCUCGGCUCCACGCCCUACCCGGGCCUGUCUGCCGGCGACGUCAUGAGGAAGGUCCGCGGCGGCCACCGGCUGGAAAAACCUGAGCACUGCCGCCGGGAGCUGUACAACAUCAUGUAUUACUGCUGGGAGGCGGAACCCUCGGCUCGACCAGACUUCGAGGAGGUGGUGGCCCUGCUCGAGAGACUGCUGUGCACCGAGACGGACUACAUAGAGCUGGAGCGGUUCCCCGACCACUCGUAUUACAAUGUGCAACAUUUGGACGGCGAAAAGUUGUGAUUUUGCGGUUAUGCCGUUUUGGUGUGGAGGGCUUUCAGUGUGAUGCGAUUUUUGAGAUUUUGUAUGUUAGGUUUUUGUUUUUGUAAUGUAUUUUUGAAUUGAAUUUCUUGUUUAGGAAGUACUUAGGUAGUAGGUUUAUAAGUUUAUUAUUUUGCACUAAUUGAUCCUACUUAAAUAUGAUUUUUGUAUCAAGACCAAAAUCUAAAAUCUAGGUACCUAACUGCAAAGAUUAUUCGAAUAUUUCAGAUUGUAAUCAGAUUUAAAUGAAAUAUGAGAGCAAUAAAUUCUCCUAAUUUUAUCUUC